AGCAUUGUUUCACAUUCCUCAGUAUCUAAAAUAUUCCAUUCCUUACAAUAUAUUUUUGCUGAAACAAACUAAAUAAAAUAAAAACUGAAUACACCGAAUAACAACAAUAUCGCUUCGCGGAAUUAGCACGAGCUCCAUCCGAAAAAAAGAAAAAAAACGGUUUUUCUGCCCAGCAAAAAUCUUAAAUCAAAGAAAAUUACUAACAACAACAGCGAAUUGCAUUGGCUACUGGAAGAAAAGUGCAGCUAAAACUGCAACGACAUCAUAGGCUCCAUCCCGCUGCUCCAUACAUACCAGUGUGUGUGUAUGCAAGUGUGUGGGUGUGUGCAACUGCAUCGUAGGUUCCAGUAAAAAGCAGGAGGAAACAAGACUGCAACGCUGAAAAUCCAAAUAUUUUUUUUGUGCUGUGAGAUGUGAAAAGGAGUUAAAGCGAAAAUUUGAAAAGAGCAUUUCUCCCACUGCAUUUUAGUGCCCACGCAAAAUUGCCGCAAAACCAAGAACGAGGAAGAGCAGUGGAAGUGGACAGCAGCAGCACACCAGCAAAGUAUCAAACAGGCUCGGUUCGGCUCAGCACAGCGCGCUAACUUCAACUUUGUGAACGCAGUCAGUCGACGCAGACGUCGCCGUCAACGUCAACAGCACUGUUGUUGCAUUUGCUGCAGUUGGCCCAAUCGCUGCUGUUGCUCUUGCAGUUGCAGUUGCAGUCGCCUCGUUGUGGUCGCCGCGAGUGUAGGGCAGCAUCGGAAGAGAUAGUGAGACUCUGAGCAACGCGCAGCGAAGCAAGCAGCAGAAACAGCUAAACCACACAGAGAAAGGACCGGCACCUGGUGUUACAGUACAAAAACCAAAAAACCAAAACGGAUCCCAAACACAGCGCCAAUUUUGCAGUGCAUUCCAAGCGGGGCAAGAGGAAAGGUAAAGACAAGAAACCAAUCAUGGACGUCGAAUCAUCAUCCCAUAACAAACAAGCCAACGGUGGCGGUCGUCGCCACAACUCUGGAGGCUCCGACUCCAAGGAGAGCUCCGUGGAGCGCGAACUGAAUGGCGACAUCCAGGCAGUGGUGCUCAAUAGCGGCUCCAACGGUCAUGGUCUCAUCAAGAAGCCGCUACCCGUCGGCGACGACGGACGCAUCAAACGCAAGGCCAAGAGGCUCAUACAGAGACAACACAGUGGCAGCAAUGGCUCUGCCGCCGUGCUAACCAAUGGCAGUGGCUCGGGAUCGGGUGGUUCCAGCGGUGGUGGUGCCGUUACUGCGAUUGCCACCGGGAUUUUACCCCAGCCAGGUGGAUAUGUGGUGCCGCAUCGUCGCUGGAAGAACAGCCGUCGCUCACGGAAUCUGACCCGUGGUCGUGGGCUGCCCAAGAAGGGCGGUGGUGGCGGCAAGGGUGUGUGGGGUCUGCCCGGCUCCGAGGCUCUGGCCGAGCUCUACGAGGACGAGAACGAUCCCAACUAUGACAGCGACUGCAAUGAUCGGAAUGUGGAGCUCCGUGAGGUGAUCACCGAGACGACACCGGAUGAGUUUUUCAAGCUGGCCGAGCCGAUUGUCUUGGAAUACUACGAGCACGGUGACACACAUGAGGUGGCCCUCAGUUUUGAUGAGAUAUUGCAAGGUCCUUUGCGGGAACGGAUUACCUCGAUUCUCGUGGAGAUUGCCAUGGAUCACAAGGACUCGCAGCGCGAGAUGACCUCGGUGCUGAUCUCGGAUCUGUAUGGUCGUGUCAUUACUGGCAAGGACAUCGAGAAGGGCUUCAACAUUCUCCUGUCCAAUUUGCCCGAUCUCAUACUCGACACCCCAGAGGCUCCCAUCAUGCUGGGCAAUUUCAUGGCCCGCGCCAUCGCCGACGAUUGCAUCCCACCGAAGUUUGUGUCCAAGCCCGAGGAGCAUCUUCAGUUGAGUGAGUAUGCCGAGCAGGCUUUACGCCGUGCCGACUCGCUGCUCCAUAAGCAGGUCUGGGCGCAUCUCGACAAUGUCUGGGGCAUGGGUGGGCCCCUGCGUCCAGUGAAGACCAUUACCAAGCAGAUGACAUUGCUGCUCAAGGAGUAUAUAUCGUCGCGCGAUGUCGCCGAGGCCCAUCGCUGUCUACGAGCGCUCGAGGUGCCGCACUAUCAUCAUGAGCUGAUCUACGAGGCCAUUGUCAUGACACUGGAGUCGCUCAGCCAGACCACCGAGGAGGCAAUGUGCGAGCUGCUUAAAUCGCUUGAUCUCACAUGUCUGGUGCUGCCAGCGGGCAUGGAGCAGGGCUUCAUUCGGGUAUUUGAUGACAUGGCGGAUAUUGUGCUGGACGUGCCCUUGGCCUAUAUAAUACUCGAUCGUUUCGUCGAGCGCUGCAACCGGGCCGGUUUUCUCACCGACAAGAUCAUUAAUAAUGUGCCAUCGCGCGGACGCAAGCGCUUUGUCUCUGAAGGCGAUGGCGGGCAUGUCAAGCCGGCUAUUUUACCCAUGCGCGACUAAAUUGGGGGAAAUUUUCCAAAAGCGGGGUCUUAUGUAGUACACAUACUUAUAUAAACAGCCCCCACCCCCCAACAAAAACCCAAAGUCAACCAAAACUAUUAGCAGCAACAACAACACUGAAGGAAUGUAUCUGAGGAGUGGCAAAGAAAAACACAACUACAAAGGGACAAAUAUCAGGCUGAGGAUUUUGAGGAGCAGCAGCAGCCAGACAGCAGCAGUAUAGGAAAGAAAUACAUUUUUUGUCGCAAAUUUUAUUGAUCAAGCGUCCACACGUGAAAGAAGUUAUUGCUAAGCUAUCGAGAAAACAUACAACAUACAACACACAACAAAAACAACAACAACAACAAAAACCGACAAAAAACAACAUUUAACAAUCAAUCCGGAAGUUGAUCUCCGCGUUUAAACUAUAACCAUACGAUUUAACCUACACACAUACAUCAAUACAUGCAUAUAUAAUUAAUCUAACGAGAAACAGCAAAUCUAAAGCAAGAAUUAUAUAUUUUAAAUAUGUGUAUAAACAAAAA